AUGGAAGCCUCUCCCCAGCUGGGGGCAUUGCCGGGCAGUGGCCCGAUUGGCAGUGGAAGCGGUCUCAGUAGUCCUGCAAGCCUACAGCCCGGAAGCUUGAAGAGGAACAGAUCUCUCUCUGCUUCCCAAGGAAGUGCUGAUGAAGGAGACCCAAAUCUAUCUCAGGCGGAUCGAAGACGUCUACCCGGUGUAAAACGAGCAUGUAAUGAGUGUCGACAGCAAAAGCUGCGCUGUGAUGUUGUUCAAGAUCCGUUUGCAGCCUGUUCACGAUGCCGUCGACUGAACCUCGAAUGCAAGAUCCAGUCGAACUUCAAGCGAAUAGGGAAACGCAGUAAAAAUGCGGAGAUGGAACGAGAAAUCAUUGAGCUGAAACGGCAGCUUGCAGUCCAAGGGCAAUCGCCGAGCAUGGCGACGCCGCCGUUGAACAUUGCGUUGGGCGGCGCAGCUGCUAGCCCUGGGGUAUAUCAGAUACCGCCUAGAGACGAACAGUAUAUGGGUUCUCACGAGGCUGUUGCAUCGUUGCUUGAUCUAAGGCAAGGCUUGGAUGGCUCCGGGUCAUACAUAUCAACAUCCGAUGCUCAGGCCGGGGUUAAAAGACUGGAGACCGUUGCUUUGACUCCAGAGCGGGUCGCAGAUCUCUUCAGCCACUACUUCACCUUUUACCAUCCUUUUCUUCCGGUGCUUGAUCCCCAGAAGCCGCCAGAUCAUUAUUUCGAAGUAUGCCCCUUGUUAUUCUGGGUUGUUAUCGCAACUGCCUCCAGGCGGUACACCCUCGACGGGAACCUUUUGGAUACCAUUUCCGGUCCUGUAUCUCGUCUAAUGUGGUCAACGCUGGCCAGUGUGCCUCAAAACUACCACAUUGUAAAGGCGUUGUGUUUGUUAUGCAUGUGGCCUUCCCCCAUGAGCAGUACGUCCUUGGAUCCCACUUUCAUGCUCUGCGGGACGAUGAUGCAGAUUGCUCUGCAGAUUGGACUUCAUCGUCCCUCUCACGCUCAAGACUUCACUAAAUUCCGGGUUGAGGUCCGAGAUGAGGAGCUGAAGGACAGAGUCAAAACAUGGGCUGCCUGCAAUAUUGUGGCGCAAAGUGUGGCAACGGGUUAUGGACAGCCUCCAGCGACGCUGUACGACUGGACCCUCGCUCCAGCCGCGAGCGAUUCCAGUUAUAAAUUACCGGACGAACUUGACCAUCGGUUACAGAUUGAGCGAUUCUGUGACAAAGUCACCAAGGCCCUUUAUAACAACCCCCGAGACCCAGUUGGCUUAUCUGCAGAUGAUGAGCGCUCGGUCUUGACAACAUUACUAUCGAAGGAUUUCCUGGAGCUGGAGGAACGAGUAGGCGAAACUGGUUCUCCUAUCACACAGCUCCACUUGAGGGCGGCUGGAUUACAUCUCCGGCUGGCAGCUUUUUUCGAUGCGAGUACCAACAAGGACUACCUUCAAGACUUAGUUCGUUUAUACUUCGCGACAACCUCUUUUCUCGAUAGUGCCUUUAGCUUCGAGGUGUCAGGCAGCAAUGCGCUUCCAUUUUCGAGCAAUUACAUUAUGCAAAUGAUGGUCGCAGCUGGAUUCACCUUGCUGAAGCUACUCAACAGUUUCUUUGCCCGCAGCAUUGAUCUCGAUGCAGGAAAAACAUACUUCAAUCGUACCAUCUGGUCCAUUCGAGCCAUCAGCGUCAAUCCCAACGAUCUUCCGAGCCGACUUGCCGAGGUGCUCGCCCAGCUCUGGCGCGCAGGUGAGGCGGUGGCAGCCUCACGUCCUACGCAAGCCGCUGUGGCUCCUGACUCAUCAUUGCAGCUCAAAGUCCGAUGCCGCAUGAGCAUGAGCCUCGUCUUCGACAGUGUUUGGCGAUGGCGCGAAGAAUUUCAAGCCAAAGGCCGCGGAAAUCUCGACUCUGCUGUUAGCAACCCUACAAACCCGGACGCUAGUGCUGAUGGCAGUAGCAAUUCUGCAGCACUGGACUCCAUGGGCCCUAAUGCAGGUGCGGGGCUUGCUGGAGCUGGACCAUUACUUGGUGCUAAUUCAGUCAACCCCGUCACUGGCUCAUUCUCGGAACCCAAUUAUGAAGUCUUCGACCCUCUCAAUUGGAUGCUAGACGGCUUAGUCGACUUUCCGUACAGCCUAACCAAUGUUGGCGGUUUAGAGCCUCCGGGUGGCAUGCCUUGA